AUGCAAUCCGCUGGAGGCGUACAGACGAUGGUGUGUCUCGAAGGAUUCGUCGGGAUGAGGAAUCGAUUGAAAUCGAUGACGUCCAGGCGGUCUUUGACUUGCCCUUCUCUCCCCUUCCUCUUCUAUAGGAUGAUUGCCAAGAGUAUUGCGGUUGCGCUGCUAUAUAUAGGCCAUGCACCAGAGUGGGGAAAUAGGGUGAUUAUCAGCGGUGAUCCUAUCAUCGACGACUUGCCUAGCCGCCGAACAGUUCACAUAGUGAGAUCCCCUGCAUCCCCUUCCAAACCCAUUAGAGUUAGUCUGGGAGAGGGGAAAACACGAUCCAUCACCUACCAGAGGUUCGCCUGGAGGUAA